UUUAUCUAACACAAUUUGAGUGCACCAUGGCUGCACGUGCCACGCCGCAUCAAACGGACGUAUCGAGACCUCCUCCCCAAAUAGAUGAUUCCUUCCCACAUCCCACACUGUUGGAACAGUUGCGGGUAGCCGAUGAGCACUGUGUGCAACAGUUUCUAGCUUGCGUAUCAAGCGCAAAUACGCCCCAUGAGAGUAAACCCAGUCCCUCGCCCAUGCCGGUCAAUAUUGGCACCUACCGGGAAGAACUACGUGAAGCAUUGCUCGUUAUGCAAACUUUGCACCAUUCAAUGUUGGUUCUGGAGGAGCUAAAAGAGGACGAUCCAAACUGGAAGGGAGAAGUCCAGCGUGCGGAACAGCUGAAAUCCCUUCUUGUCGAUUCUUUACUACCACUGGAAGAUGCAACUAGAAAGGAACAACUAGCGCACAAGCUUACCAUCCGGCAAAAGAAGCGAGCAUGGCAAAAACGACGUAACGAGCGCCUCAAAGCGAAUCGAACAGCUCAGCAAGCGUCUCGCGUGGAACGCCUCCGGGAAAUUGCAGCCUGGCAAGCGGACUGGCAGGAACGUCUCAACCAGGAACGCAUCGCCCGGGAAGAGCUGCAGAUGAAAACGCACAUCCUAACCGACGUCCGGCGUCGAAAGGCUCGCGCUAAACGAGUGUUGGGUCGGUUCGAGAAAUCCCUUCGGCUGCGCCAACAACGCCAGCGCAGCAAACCCACGAUCGAUCCCGAGCUGGAAGAAAGCUUCCGAAAGCGCAUGGACACACUCGUCACCGAGUGGAGCGCCAAGCUGAACGAGUGCGUUAGGGAGGAAAAACGACUAAAGGAUGAGCUAAACCGCCAGACCGUCGGUAAUGCGGGCCGGCGCCGGGAGAACCGUUGGCGCAAGGUUUUGUUCGGUUCUGCUGCACAAAGUGCGCUAGCAGCGGGCCGCCGAUCUAAUAAGGAAGAUUUGUGGCAAGAGCUCGUCACGGUACGCCGAGCAUGGGAUAAGUUUUGUUUGCCCUUUGAACCGAACAACAGUGCGAACAAUGCUGGUGGCAGUGUUGCUCCUUCCACGUGGAUUCUUCCACCGGAACAGCCACUCCCCGAGUGGGGUGUGUAUCGGGAUGAAGGGCAAAUCAAACAUGGGAAAGAGAGCCAUCGAUACCCCGCCCGCAGCAGUGUUUGAAUGUGCACGAGCAGUUUAUAGCGAUGACGAUGUUACAUUUAUGAGAUGAAUUAUCCAAAUGGCUAAUAAAACGUAGCUACACAUUAACAUGACUAACGAA